AUGUUUCCUGCUCCUGUUCCCGUUCCUAUUGUCCUUCGUCAACAUAGUGACGAUUGGUCGACAUCGUAUUUCACUCCAAGAAGCUACUCAAAUGAGCCUCUUGACGGUCCGAAUGGCAGACCAUCAAGCACAGAACGGAAUUCUCGUCGGACUUUCAGCAGAAACAACAUAAGCGAAGAAGACUUUGAGAUUCAAUAUGGGGAAGGGCCCAUUCCAGCUCCUCAAAACCCGCGAGAUCAGCAUCCUCGUCGAGCCAGACAAGCUUCCCGCACUUCGAAUGCAUCAUCGCGGACACGAUCACUGCUAGAUGAGGAUUCUAUCUCAAAUAGCGACGUCAAAGGUAUAUCCGGAGUUAACGAAGGACUUGAAACUGACGGAAAGAGGGCUGAAGAGCUCGAGGAGGCCGGUCUCUCUUGGACGGUGACUCUACCAAGCGACAAUGAACAAAGUCGGCCAUACACAAAUCUCGCGGAGGCGAAUUCAGUAUGGAAAGCAGAGAAGACUUGCGACAGGAGGAUUGGAACAACAACCCUUCAGUCCAUACACUCCAUACAGUAUUCCAUGGGCGAGAGGGGACUGCCAAAGGUCACGCUCUUCUGCCCGCAGGGUCCUACCAGGCACGAUGAAGACGUCUCAUUGGUGCAGGCCAGAUGGCUAGAUAUCCAAAGAGUUGCGAUCCUACUAUUAGAAGCUAUUAAGGAGACAUUUCUUCGGCAGUCGGAACACGGUGCGUACGUUGAACCUGGUUCAGCGAUGCGGUUCGUUGGCCAUCGCCAUCAGCUGCACGACCCGCAAAGCAUCAUCGUCACGGAUCCCGUCAUCUUCGUUGCUUUUCCAGUUGUGGAACUGGAUUCAUCAAGGAAUCAUCCCAGAUCUGGCGAAAUAGAUGAAUACCAUCCUCGUACUCUGCUCCAGAAUCUGUACGGGUUUGAUGUCCUGACGAGCCGUGGCAAGCACCAAGUCAUACACAAGAUGUCAGUCGGCAGUCAAUCAAGCGAUACCUUAUAUGUCAACCAGCUGUGGUGUCUGCUAAUCGGCUCUGACAUCUUGAUCACCAUGUCAGGCCGGCCUACCGAUAAGCUUCUCAGUGGGACGAUCGAGAAACGCACCGAUUUCUUCAGGCAACCGUUGAGGAUCGAGAUUGUCGACUUAUAUCGCUCUCGGUACAGCAUGAGCAUAUCAAUCAAGACGACAUGGGUAGACUUCUUUCGGCAUGUCAUGUUCACUAUCCAUGGCAAUCUCACCAGAAUAAUGGACUAUGAGCUCGUGGACGAGGCAAACGAGAUCGUGACAGCCGAGCGAUGGGUUGAUAUCGCGAAAUCGACGAGAUCAGGGCUGCUCAGGUUUCAUCUCGUUGAACGAAAGGCCGCGACAUCGCGCACAUCGAGUGUCUCCAGUCGAAGGAGCAGUCGUACAGGCAUUAGAAAGCUGCUGAUGCUGGAUCAGGCACAUCGCGACAAAAGCCGCGAUUCAUCACGCCGCGGCAAUAGCGUCAGAGGAAGCUAUUACGAGGACUCAUCGUCCAGCGAGAGCUCCGUCGGCUUGGGGAAGUCGUCAAAACCGGUUUGGCCUGGCUUAGAACGACAUCAAACAUCUUUGUUUGAUACUGCCACGUUCAAAAAGCCGGUUAAGAAGAAGGAACGGCGCGAUGGCAAGGAGAGCGAGCAAUAUCCACAUGCAUUCAUUCCUGGCCAUGGUUAUCAAUCUGGUCCUAGCGUAAUCACCUUGGACAGCAGCGACGAGAAGGAGUCCUCAGCCGUGAGCUAUCCUAGGCAUAGCAAUGCUUUCCCUGCACCUGUACUCCAGCAAUCACCGCCAUCAGAUGCCAUGGAGCACGAUAACGAUCACGAGAAACCUCUCACUUCGGACGAUCAUCGUUUGAACGACGACCAACAACUUGCAGAAGACAAUGCAGGAGAGGCAGAGGCGAUCGAUGAGAGAGCAAGUGCCACGCAGCUCGAAGAGGGCUCGUCAUCUUCACACGAUGAGAAUGAACAAGGGAGUUGGGGUGUACCGAACAGAAAACCCGUCCAUCCUCUGCCGAUCAAGGAUAGCAAAAGCUUGGAUCAGAGGUGUGGUGUUCAAAUUGUUGUUGAUGACUCAACGGAAUCCAAUAGCAGAUCUGCCAGCCAGUCAGCAAAGCAGACACCACCCUAUCGAAAAGUCACGAUAGAAGAUGUAUCCGAGGCGGAAGAAAGUGACGCCGAUACUCGCGCAAAGGAUGGUCCAGAUGAUGAUGACUCCUUGCUAUAUGAGUUUGUUGAGGCUGAUUUUGACGAAUCUGAAGUGCUGGAAAAGAGGUUUGUGAUUGCGGAUCGAUCACGUUCGCAUAGUCGCCAGACCCGAGCAAAUACGCCGCAAAAAGGGGACCCUUUCCGCUAUCAUUAUAACAUACGCCAGAAUUCCCCAUACAGGAGGUCUCGUUCACGGUCGCGCUCUUCCUCAACUUCAACCGAUGAGUCAUUCCAGCCACGGGGAAGAAGUCCUACACCAAGAAGACGACGUCGAGGGAGAGAUGAUACACGCUCAUCCCGAAACUCCUCUUCAUGGCGUGGUGUACGCUUUGACGCGCGUAGCCAGCACUCCAGGGGACGUGACAGUCUCGAGAUGUCACCUUACGGUAGCUCAAAUGCUACAAAAGUCGAAGGCUCAACAGUGAGAGCGGUUGCCAUGCCGUUCUUCUGCUGGAGGCAAAGCGGCGUGUUGGGCGCUAUCUCGUCUCCUGAAAUAACAGACCAAAGUGUGAUUAAACUUCUUGAUCAGAUCGACGACCUCAUCUGCGAUGAUCCAAUUGGCAAGUACUACUCGAAGGUGGCAGAAUUUACAAUGGACGAUAUCGUUUUGAGACACGAGUGCCUCCAUGAAGCCAUAUUAGGGAGAAACUGGAUCAUGAAACCGGUCGAGGUUGAAGUGAACGACGCUCCAAGAACAAACACUGAAGCCAUUAGAGAACACCUUACACCCAGCCGCGACCAAGCACGCAAUUCGACAAGUAGCUCGCUGGGUCGAGGUGCUCCAGAGAAUACGGAAUUUCACCAGACGCAGGCUCUCGGCCUCGCAAGCCACGACAAGACGCUCAUGAAGCAGCUGGUUAAACUGAGCCAGCAGAUCGUUUGGUCCUUCAUACCAAACACUGGCGGCUCAGAAAUACAUACUUUGAUGAAGCGAUUCUGGGGAUGUGUAGAUGCAAUAUGUCUGCAACUGCUCUGGGAAGAGAACCAAAGAGGACACGAUGCUGAGCCGACAUACAUUAUACGCAAUUUCUCCAGCCAAGUCAAAGAUGGCAAUCCCCAGCGACGGAAGCCGUCACUGAGCAAGACUCAUUAUUUGGAAUGUGAAGAUUGCAAGGCCGCAAAGCCGUAUGCUUCGGCUGAGAGUGCGCUGGAGCAUAUACACGAAAAACACAUCGAAUGCCUGCAUGGCGAGUUGGGGCGGCCAUACGAUGACCCGUGCUAUGCGUGGCUGCAUCGUAUCUGGCACGACGGAUACCCGUUGCGAAGUUCACAAGACGGACUCCUCGGCAUUGUCGAAGACUUUAUCGAGGAGCUUUCCGACAUCAGCAUGUAUGUGAGAGAACUGCUCAAUAUGACGGCGCGGGAUUCUUCAACGGGGGAUACACCUCCUCUUUCGGUCAACAUGAUCCACAUCUUCCAGCAGAUUGUCAGAAUCUUUGUCUUUCGCUCCAAGCAGCUUUCCCUUAUCAACCGGCGCCGAAGCCUUGCUGCUGAAGGGCCCCAAGAGAAUCUUAGGCUGAUCCAGCGCAUCGAUCGGAAGAUUGAAGAGCUCCUCUCACUCGAGAUUGAUGCAAACGAACGCAUUAUAGACCUUUCUGAAAGCGCCAAAAAAGACAUCUUCAUGUCUGGGAUCGGGUCGCAUUCCGAGAUGCCUCAGGCGGAGACUGUUCGGGUACAAGUCCUUGCCCUUGCGUUUAUGUCGGCGAUACAGAGGCCUCUUUUGCAGUCGUCUCAUAUAGGCCGCUCUUAUGCAAAAGACACCCUUUUGCAGCUGUAUAGGGAAUACACAUCUCGACUUCACUUUCAGGCGAACAAUCGACCGAGAAAACGCGUCUUCUUGGAUAUUCAUGGCCUUGAAGAGGAGCUUCAAGCAUUGGAUAAGCUGUUAGGCAGCCAGGAGAGCUGCCUCUACAAUGUCCUGACUCUUAUUGAUCCUCUUACCUCUCGCUACACAACUGAGACUCGAAUAAGAGAAUUUCGAGCAGAACUCCAAUAUGGAAACAAUAUGUUGCGUGGAAUCAUCGACAGAAGGCGAGAGAUUGAACAUUUAGCAACAAGACUACGGAUUCUCAAAGAUCAAGUCAAGCAAACGAUUGAGAUCAUGGAAGAGGACCACGGCAAGGCUAUCAGGGUAUUCACAGUGGUUACCUUAUUCUUCCUGCCGUUGUCGUUCGUUUCAAGCUUUCUGGGAAUGAACACGGUGGACGUGCGAGAUACAGAGUAUAGCCAACGCAUUUUUUGGAUGACGGGAGUGCCGGUUACGGUAGCGGUGUUGUCGGUAGCUUUUGUGUACGGCUACAAGGGAGAAGAGAUUCUUGACUGGAUGGGCCACGUACUGCAACAAAGGAGACGUCGGAAUCCGACAUGGGGCGAGAACAGAGAUGCUGGUUAUCGGACAUCGCUGGAGACGGGAUGGAGAGAGUGGAAUCUGGCAACAGCAACGAACCAACCUACGGUCCAUCGCCGACGCUUGACGACUCUUAUGAGACGUAAAAUAAGCGACCCGGCUGAGGAUAUUGAGAAUUUAAAGAUGGACGAUUCUGAUGGGAAAGUUUGGAUUGAGAGGCGGAACACGGAUGAUAGCUUGGCGCCUAUCCGACGGAGGAUGUAG